CACGCCUUGAAUUGCCACAGAAUGAAACCUGCUCUCUUCAGCGUGCUGUGUGAUAUUAAAGAAAAAACAGUGUUAAGUAUCCGAGGUAUUCAGGAAGAAGACCCCCCUGACGCUCAGCUAAUGAGACUAGAUAACAUGUUGCUGGCUGAGGGUGUCUCCGGGCCGGAGAAGCGGGGAAGAGGAGGACCAGCGGCCAUAGCAGCAACAUCAGGUGGCUGUCCAAAUGACAAUAGCAUUGAACACUCAGACUACAGGGCCAAGCUGUCACAGAUCCGACAGAUAUACCACUCUGAGCUAGAGAAAUAUGAACAGGCCUGCAGUGAGUUCACUACCCACGUUAUGAACCUGCUCCGGGAGCAGAGUAGGACAAGGCCAAUUUCACCCAAAGAAAUUGAGCGCAUGGUGAAUAUAAUUCAUGGCAAGUUCAGCACCAUCCAAAUGCAGCUGAAACAGAGCACGUGUGAGGCUGUGAUGAUCCUGCGCUCGCGGUUUCUUGAUGCAAGGCGUAAGCGGCGUAACUUCAGCAAGCAAGCGACAGAAGUCUUGAAUGAGUAUUUUUAUUCUCACCUGAGUAAUCCUUAUCCCAGUGAAGAAGCCAAAGAAGAGCUAGCCAAGAAAGGAGGCAUCACAGUCUCACAGGUCUCUAAUUGGUUUGGUAACAAGAGAAUCCGGUAUAAAAAAAAUAUGGGGAAAUUCCAAGAAGAGGCUAACAUCUACGCAGCCAAAACUGCUGUGGAUGCAACCAAUGUGGUAGCCCAGGGCAACCAGGCAAGCUCUCCACCCACCCCAAAUUCUGGUUCCUCUGGGUCAUUUAAAAUGACAAAUUCUGGAGAUUCCUUUAUAAACCUGCAGUCACUCACUUCCUACCAGAACUCGCCAGUGGGAGCCAAUGUGCAGUCACAGAUGGAUUCCUUACACCAUGUCAUACACCAGGCAGGAAGAUAUGACAGCAUCGUGGGGAACCCUCUAUAUUCGACGCAGCGCAUUGACGCGAAUGGCAGCUGGCAGGACGCAACUACCCCUUCAUCAAUCACUUCACCUGCCGGAGAUCCCGGAAGCAUUAAUUCCGAUGCAUCUAACUAAAUUUUUAGGACCUGUUUGAGGAGAGGAAAGAGGUCAUUAGUGUAACUCGUCAACGUUGCUCUUUUUUUUUUGCCAAUAUUUUUGAUUCUCCAACUUGACACACACAGCUAAUUACCUCAGACAAAAAAAAAAAAAGAAGAAAACCAAUAGAAGAUUGUGAUUAUAUAUGGACACCUCUCUACCUCUCGGCAUGACGUGCUUGAGUUCUUCUGGCUUCUGCCCUUUUGGGCUGUAAAGGAACUGGCUUCAUUUACCAAACCAAAUUCCUUUUUUAAAAAGAAAAAAAAAAAAAGAAAUAUCACUUUUAUGCUUAAGAGUCUGAAAAGUGUCUCUUGAAUGAACUUUGGGAUUGUCUCCAUUUUUUUUCCAAUUUAAGAAAGAAAAAUAGCAACUUGAUUUUAAUUUCUACGUGUUUUUAUUAUAAAAAAAUUCUGUUCUAGAUGCUAGUUACUAACAAAUAGCCCUUCUUGUAUUGUAAUUGUACGCGUUCUCUGUAUUGUAAUUUUGUAUAGGAAGAUUUCUUUUUCUUUGAACUCAUUAACCAGAAUGGGCCAUUGCUUUACCAAAAUGAUUGUUGGACUUUGCCCCUUGAAUAGAAACUUCAUUUUCUGUGUCGCUCUCAUGUAGCUCUAAUUUAAUGUCUUAGAGUAAGCUCAGACCUCCCUGUGAAUAGAUUUUUGUGCAUUUAGGGGAAAAAAUGUUAACUGCAAAGUCCACCACUUUCAGUUGAAAUUUUAUCAAAGAAUAAACUUCCAAAGUCUUUCCCCCACC